AUUUUUUUUUGUUGUUUGCCAAACAAUAGAAGACGGCGUACUCUGAAAUCGGGGGACCGGAUCGUUAAUUGUUUUAUUAAAUGCUGCUAGAGUUAUCGACACGGCGGAGCAGAGCGGAUCCUAAACGUUGAGUGAUCUCUGGGCAACCUGGAGUCAUAGGUGCCCGCGGACUCGUAUUCUGAACCCGAAUCGCUCCAUCGGGAAUUAUUAAUUGUGAAACUAAGCAAUGAACAAGGUGGGCAAGCAUAUCCAAAGUGGCAUCUCGGGGCUGGGCAGCGGCGGAUCACCCAACGCGGCACUGUCCACGGCAGCUCUACUGGGAUCCCCGCUGGAGGCAGCCAAUGGAGCAGGGUCAGCCAAUACCACGAAUGUGUUCAAUUCCAUCAUGAGCUUCCUGCCAGACAAUCGGCCCAUCACAUCGCUGCACAUUGUCGAGGACUUCGAGCGCUGCCCGAAGAACUUUAGUGCCAUACACCGCACCUAUGAUCAGGAUUCGGAUGCGGAUCUGUGGCGCGACUACAGCCUGUUUGGGCGCCAGAACACACGCUAUCUAUGUCUGUCCAAGUCCGAAGGCCUACCGGAAUACGUGGUGGAGACACUGCAAGUCAUUGCGGACAAGACGGCGCCGCCCAAGGAAUUCUCACAGGUCUCCCGCACGGCCGACAGUGACCAGAAGGCCUGGCGCAAGCGGCAGAUCAUCUACAAGCUGUCUAAGCGGGGCACAGUGACCCAGGCGGUCACCGACAUCAUACUUUGCUCCAAGCUAAAAGCGGCACCUGAUGGCUUUAAGCUGGCCGGCGAUAUCAACGGAGUGCUCAUCUGCUACAAGACCAGUGCGAUUCCAGUGCGCCAGCCGCCACCAGUGCCGGGAGUAGGAGUUUCAGCUGCUGCUACUUGCGAGGUGGAGCAGGCCCUAAACCGCCUAAACCUUCAAGGGCAGCGCAACUCACGGGGACCACUGCCACAACCACCGACUGAACAGCAUGACUAUGAAGAGAUCCAAGCCAACUAUCAAAUUAACUCGCCACAACGACCGGCGCCGCCUCGUCCGGCGGGAGGACGUGGUACUUACGGCGGCACCGGCACCCUGGGAACCUACACCGAACUGGAGGGAGUGCCAUUCGUCAUGGACAUUAGGCUGCAACGCAAUCAAGCUGUAACUGAUAUACCCACAUUGCCAGAAAUCUCUACACUGCUUAAGUCUCUGGAUUAUGACUUUCAAUUGGAACGUCAGAUCUUGUGCACUAUGAAGUCAUCGGCGUCGAAGAACCCGUUCUUCAAGUAAGAAGAUUGCAAAACUUUAUUCGGGAACGUCACAAAUUGAGCGUUGAGCAAUAUUAUACAACAAAGCAAAAGAACCGUAAA